AUGUGCAUGGACCAGCCAUGGAAUCCGUUCCUCACUGCCCCACCUGACGCCCCAAGUGACGCCUCAGCUGAUGCCCCACUUGCUGCUGCUGUUGACGUAGUUACAGCAGCUCCAGCAAGCCUGGGGUUCUCUCGCUUUAAUCCAUUCCUGCAUGGUUUUGAGGAACCCUUACAGGAACACAGUGACAGUACUGAAAGUUCCCUACUGAAUCACACCGCCAUUCAGACAGAGGAGAUGACUUUUGAGUCGGCUGAAAAGCCAUUCCCGAUCAGCUUUGAAGAGCCUUUGCUGGAACUGAAGGGCACCACAGCGGAGCCCUUUGAGGACGCCUUACAGGGAAGUGAGACCAGUACAGAGAUGCCCGAGCAGUCCCUGACUGCUGAGCGUGGCAGCAGCUGCAUUCCUCGUUCCAACAGCAACCCGUUCCUGUGCUCUUGGGCGGGUCUUGAGAGGGAGGAGGGGGAGACCUGUGGAGAGGAGGGGAUUAGUGUGGAGGCGGAGGGAGGAAGUGGCGAAAGGGGGUGCACUCUUAGCAGCAGUAAUUACGUUGUCACCACUGUUGGGAGCAAGGCUAGUAGCUCAACUGCAGGAGCGGCUGUGAGCACUGUUACGAGCACCACUGCUGGCACCACCACUGGUAACACCACAACUCCUAGCACCACAGCUCCUGACUCCACAACUGCUUGCAGCAAGACUGCAGGCUUCAUGCGUCUACCAAGCUCCCCACGCCUCUCCUCCUCUCGGGCCCCUCCUGCCCUCGCUGCUCGCUCCAUUCUCUCCCACACCAAGCCCCUCCCUCUCUCACACUCGCCUGCUGCUGCUGACCCUCUGAUUGCGGCAGCUGUGGCAGCCGCUGCUGCUUCUGCUGUCGUUGUUGGUGCCGGUGCCGCUCGUGCUGCUACUGCUGCUGCUGCUGCUGCUGAAUUCGAUGGGAUCGGAGAGAUGGCGGCGGCAGCAGUGCAGAGAGGAGCACAGACAGCAGCACCAUCAGCACAGGCAGUAGUAGCACAGGCAGUAGUAGCACAGGCAGCAGCAGGGGGGUCAGCAGAGGCAGCAGAGGUGGUGCUUCCAUCUUCGAUGGUGUCAGCUGCUAAGAUUGCUGGCCUUGGGGGUGCGUUUGUAUCAGCAGGAGGAAUGGGAGCCGUGGGAGGAAUGGGUGGAGUAGGCACGAAGGGUAACACGGGAAUUUCCCUUGGGGCUUGCUCUGUUUUAAGUGCUGGUAUCGGCGUGAACACCAAUCAGCAAUCACGGGGCCACAUGGGAAUGGGAAAUAAGAGAGGUGCUUAUGUAAGUGGGGAGAUAGAGGAGGUGGUGGAGCUGGUAGAGGAAGAGGAGGGAGAGGAGGGGGCAGUGGAGGAUGAGGAAGAGGAGGAGGUAGAGGAGGAGAGCGGGGAGGAGAGAGAGGAGGAGGAGGAAAGCGAGGUAGGGGAGGAGAGCGAUGAGGAGAGAGAGGAUGAGGAGGAAGAGGAGGAGGGACAGGAGGAAGAAGGGGAGGGAGAUAAGGAGGAAGAGGAGGAGGGAGAGGAGGAAGAGAGUGAACCAAGGGACGCCGCCAUUUCUUGCCAUCCAAACCCAAAGCAGAUGCAGGGGGAGAAGCAGCUGCUGGGGAAGGUGAAGGGUGGGCAGCAGAAUGGGGAGAAAGAGGAGGAGGAGGAGGAGGAGGAGGAGGAGGAGGAGGAGGAGGAGGAGGAGGAGGAGGAGGAGGAGGAGGAGGAGGAGGAGGAGGAGGAGGAGGAGGAGGAGGAGGAGCGGGCGUGGUAG